GCUUCGCCACUGAGGGCGCCUUGUUCAUGACGCCAUGGCUGCGCGUGCCCCACGGGCCCCACGGGCUGGCGCGCGCAGUGUGCGACAAGCGCAAGAUCAUCUGUCGCGAACAGAGGAGGCACAUCGACAGCGUAUGCUUCCGCCGGUGCCCAAUGAUGGUUACCCCUUGAGGCCACUCCGAAAUGCAGAGAGUAGCUCCAAAGAGGGCAGCUCCACUCCCCGAGCGAACGGCGAAGGCGACGCAGGGCGAUGCCUGCGCAGCAGCAACUCUUUACCUCCGAUCAGCGAUCGCAUGGCCAGAUCCGCGCCAGCAGGCUUGGACCUUUCGCAGCCGGAGACGGUUGAAGAACCAGGUGUGACCUUCAGUGCGCGCGGUGACGAAUUGGAGGAUGACCUCGAAGAGGACCUGCGUGAACUGGAAGAGCUCGCGGCACACCUGGCGCAAGAAGGUGAGGCCGAACCGAGGCCUUACACGGGUGAGAUUGAAUCCACCACAGCGCCUGGGAGCCAAGUGAAUACCACCCUGGUCGAGCUGAAAAGGCAGGUGUAA